ACAGAGGGCCCAGCGCCACUGCAGCCGCGCCACCUCCCAGGGCCGGGCCAGCCCAGGCGUCCGCGCUCUCGGGGUGGACUCCCCCCGCUGCGCGCUCAAGCCGGCGAUGGCUCCUCUCGGAUACCUCUUAGUGCUCUGCAGCCUGAAGCAGGCUCUGGGCAGCUACCCGAUCUGGUGGUCCUUGGCUGUGGGACCCCAGUACUCCUCUCUGAGCACUCAGCCCAUUCUCUGUGCCAGCAUCCCAGGCCUGGUACCGAAGCAGCUGCGCUUCUGCAGGAACUACGUGGAGAUCAUGCCCAGCGUGGCUGAGGGUGUCAAAGCGGGCAUCCAGGAGUGCCAGCACCAGUUCCGAGGCCGGCGUUGGAACUGCACCACCGUCAGCAACAGCCUGGCCAUCUUUGGCCCUGUUCUGGACAAAGCCACCCGGGAGUCAGCCUUUGUCCAUGCCAUCGCCUCCGCUGGAGUAGCUUUCGCAGUGACACGCUCCUGUGCAGAGGGAUCAGCUGCUAUCUGUGGGUGCAGCAGCCGCCUCCAGGGCUCCCCAGGCGAGGGCUGGAAGUGGGGCGGCUGUAGUGAGGACAUUGAAUUUGGAGGAAUGGUCUCUCGGGAGUUUGCCGAUGCCAGGGAGAACCGGCCGGAUGCCCGCUCUGCCAUGAACCGUCACAACAAUGAGGCUGGGCGCCAGGCCAUCGCCAGUCACAUGCACCUCAAGUGCAAAUGCCACGGGCUAUCUGGCAGCUGUGAAGUGAAGACCUGCUGGUGGUCGCAGCCGGACUUCCGCACCAUCGGGGAUUUCCUCAAGGACAAGUAUGACAGUGCCUCGGAGAUGGUGGUAGAGAAACACCGAGAGUCUCGUGGCUGGGUGGAGACCCUGAGGCCACGUUACACGUACUUCAAGGUGCCGACAGAACGCGACCUGGUCUACUACGAGGCCUCACCCAACUUCUGCGAACCUAACCCCGAAACCGGCUCCUUCGGGACGCGUGACCGCACCUGCAAUGUGAGCUCGCAUGGCAUAGAUGGGUGCGACCUGUUGUGCUGCGGGCGCGGGCAUAACGCGCGCACUGAGCGACGGAGGGAGAAAUGCCACUGUGUUUUCCAUUGGUGCUGCUACGUCAGCUGCCAGGAGUGCACACGUGUCUAUGACGUGCACACCUGCAAGUAGGAGAGCUCCUAACACGGGAGCAGGGUUCAUUCCGAGGGGCAAGGUUCCUACCUGGGGGCGGGGUUCCUACUUGGAGGGGUCUCUUACUUGGGGACUCGGUUCUUACUUGAGGGCGGAGAUCCUACCUGUGAGGGUCUCAUACCUAAGGACCCGGUUUCUGCCUUCAGCCUGGGCUCCUAUUUGGGAUCUGGGUUCCUUUUUAGGGGAGAAGCUCCUGUCUGGGAUACGGGUUUCUGCCCGAGGGUGGGGCUCCACUUGGGGAUGGAAUUCCAAUUUGGGCCGGAAGUCCUACCUCAAUGGCUUGGACUCCUCUCUUGACCCGACAGGGCUCAAAUGGAGACAGGUAAGCUACUCCCUCAACUAGGUGGGGUUCGUGCGGAUGGGUGGGAGGGGAGAGAUUAGGGUCCCUCCUCCCAGAGGCACUGCUCUAUCUAGAUACAUGAGAGGGUGCUUCAGGGUGGGCCCUAUUUGGGCUUGAGGAUCCCGUGGGGGCGGGGCUUCACCCCGACUGGGUGGAACUUUUGGAGACCCCCUUCCACUGGGGCAAGGCUUCACUGAAGACUCAUGGGAUGGAGCUCCACGGAAGGAGGAGUUCCUGAGCGAGCCUGGGCUCUGAGCAGGCCAUCCAGCUCCCAUCUGGCCCCUUUCCAGUCCUGGUGUAAGGUUCAACCUGCAAGCCUCAUCUGCGCAGAGCAGGAUCUCCUGGCAGAAUGAGGCAUGGAGAAGAACUCAGGGGUGAUACCAAGACCUAACAAACCCCGUGCCUGGGUACCUCUUUUAAAGCUCUGCACCCCUUCUUCAAGGGCUUUCCUAGUCUCCUUGGCAGAGCUUUCCUGAGGAAGAUUUGCAGUCCCCCAGAGUUCAAGUGAACACCCAUAGAACAGAACAGACUCUAUCCUGAGUAGAGAGGGUUCUCUAGGAAUCUCUAUGGGGACUGCUAGGAAGGAUCCUGGGCAUGACAGCCUCGUAUGAUAGCCUGCAUCCGCUCUGACACUUAAUACUCAGAUCUCCCGGGAAACCCAGCUCAUCCGGUCCGUGAUGUCCAUGCCCCAAAUGCCUCAGAGAUGUUGCCUCACUUUGAGUUGUAUGAACUUCGGAGACAUGGGGACACAGUCAAGCCGCAGAGCCAGGGUUGUUUCAGGACCCAUCUGAUUCCCCAGAGCCUGCUGUUGAGGCAAUGGUCACCAGAUCCGUUGGCCACCACCCUGUCCCGAGCUUCUCUAGUGUCUGUCUGGCCUGGAAGUGAGGUGCUACAUACAGCCCAUCUGCCACAAGAGCUUCCUGAUUGGUACCACUGUGAACCGUCCCUCCCCCCUCCAGACAGGGGAGGGGAUGUGGCCAUACAGGAGUGUGCCUGGAGAGCGCGGAAAGAGGAAGAGAGGCUGCACACGCGUGGUGACUGACUGUCUUCUGCCUGGAACUUUGCGUUCGCGCUUGUAACUUUAUUUUCAAUGCUGCUAUAUCCACCCACCACUGGAUUUAGACAAAAGUGAUUUUCUUUUUUUUUUUUUCUUUUCUUUCUAUGAAAGAAAUUAUUUUAGUUUAUAGUAUGUUUGUUUCAAAUAAUGGGGAAAGUAAAAAGAGAGAAAAAAAAUAA